UAUGUUUAUAAUAUAUAAAUAUAAUAAUUUUGUUUAAAUUUACAUACAUAAACAUAAACACUUUAGUUAUAAACAACUUUUAUAGUUUCUAGUUAGGUAAUUAAAACGCAUAUUCAUAUUAUUAAAAAAUGAGCGCAUCUCUAAGCCCAGGAUAUUCUGAUAGUCCAUCCGAAUCUUUUAAAUAUACAGCUUUACAAUUUGCUGUAAGAAGAAAAUCUAUAGAGCAAGUGAGGUAUUUAAUUGAAAGUGGAACCGAAUUGGAUACAGGACCGGAUCCAGCUCUUCAUUUAGCCAUUAGAAAGAAAAACACGGAUAUAGCUAUAUUACUUUUGGAAGCUGGAGCAAAUUUUGAAAUAACAGACUCGCAUGGUGACUUACCAAUUCAUAUAGCUUGUGCUUUUGGAUUGCCUGAAGUGGUUAAAGUUUUAUGUGCUCUGGGAUGCAGCGUUGAAGUGCCAACAGUAAAAGGAAUGUAUCCUCUACAUUUAGCUGCAAAAUAUGGCCACAUUGCGGUUGUCAGAUGCUUGUGCGCUGCCGGUUGUAACACAGAGGUACGAAAAGCUGACAAUAUAAGAUCUGAUAUAACGGCUUUGAAGUAUGGGCAUUACGACAUUGCAGAACUAUUGGAUCGUCUAAGAGCAACAGGCCAAAGGCAUGCCUAUGCUCGCCAGCUAGUCCCCACUUCUAGACCAGCCUUAAGACUUUCCUUGAGACUUUUAGGUCAUUGUGGUGUUGGAAAAUCAUCUUUAGCCAAAAGUUUAGGAGCUGGACUAUUUAGCUCAUUAUUUAGACGAUCCAGCUCGUUACAGAGCAAUAAAUCAAGGCCUUCAUCACCAAUCAACAGUUAUAUCGAGAUGGACUCCAAAAAGGACUCAAGACAAAAUUCUCUAACAUUUGAAUCACCGGCUCAUUACCAUUCGACUAAUGGCAUUCAUUUUCAAAACUUAGAUAUAUCCAACGUUGGAGAUAUCUCAGUUUGGGAAUUUUCCGGCCAAGAAUCAUAUUUUCCAGUUUACCACCAUUUCCUAAGGCCCACCCCGUACUCCGUCACUGCUAUUCUAUUCAAUCUCGAUGAUUCUCCUUCCGUGCAAAUUCAACAGGUGUGUUUUUGGAUCAACUUCGUUUUAGCUAGACAAGAUGCAGAAUUACCUACAUGUCAGUAUGGCCAAAUUAUGCUAAUAGCAACUCACGUCGACUUAACGAGGGCUGUGAAGAAUCAGCACGGCGAAUGGGUCUGUCCAGACGCUCAAGAAACUUUAGAAACAAUAAGAAAACUGCUACCGCACGUGCCAAAUUUAAUGGACACUGUAGUGAUUAUGGAUUCAAAUGUACCAGCGUCAUUUGCUUUUAAGCAGCUCAAAUCUAUAUUAGCUAAUGUUAAACAAAACAUUAUACAGCAGACAAUAGGAACUUGGACAGGCCUGUUAGAAAAUACCUUAUCUUGGCUGAGCAGAAUCCGAUCGAUCUUAAAACAGUUUCCAGUUUUAGAUAGAGAGGUAUUUUCCGAUUGUUUGAGAUGUCAAGUAAACUUACUGGCUUCGGACGAUCAUAUAGACGAACUGUUGCAGCAACUUCAAGUUAUGGGAGAAGUAUUCUGUGUAAAAUAUUUGGUGGUACUGUCAGUUCCUUGGUUGACUGGGACAUUAUUAGGAGAACUACUUUCGCCUAACUUUAUUUCGCAUGCCAGGCCGAUUGGUGUUUACUCCGUUGAUGAUUUCCAACUUAGCUAUACCCAAUGCGACUCUAGAAAAGUUUUGGGAUUAUUGGAGGCGUUAAAUUUAUGCGUUUCUUGCGAAAUUGACGGAGAAGUUGAAUAUGAAUUUCCCAUUUAUAAUCAGAUAGAAACAAUUGAAGGAUUAUGGGAUUGUGACGAUCCCAGAUACAUUUCAAAAAAUUCGGUCUACGGUGGUUUAAGGUUCUAUACAUCCUCAGGAAUUUUAUGUAUGCUUAAGCCUAUUUUUAGUCAUGUACAGAUAAAUUUACGGAAAACUUUAUUUUCAUUAUACAAAUACAACGACAGCGAUCUAUACCAAUGGAAUACUGGAUCGAAAAUGUGCAAUCUGGAUUUAGAAAGCAUGAUUUUUCUGGAAGAAGACCAGAACGAACUACAAUUCAUCGAGAUUAAAGUUAGAGGACCGCCUGAUUCAUCGCACUGUUGUUUCUUGCAUUUUUUGGAGAUUAUUCGAAAGACUGUUGAAGACGUAAGAGAAAAAUACAGAUAUGAUAUUGGUCUAGCCAGACACAUCCAAUGGGGUUGUAUUUUGGGUAUUCAAGAAUUACCUGGACCAAUAAAACUGCGACUUUGUGGUUUAUUGGAUCCGCCAGAGUCCCAUGGCAGAGAUUGGUGCUUAUUGGCUCUUAGACUGGGACUUUGUCAGAAAAAAAUAGCUGCAUUAGAUUCGCAACAUUCUAGUCACACCAUGAGGCUAUUGACAACUUCUCAAUGUACUAUUGGAGCUCUAAUAACGAGUUUGCAUGAACUAGAGAGACAAGACGCUGCAGACAUAGUACUUAAAUCAGCUCCAAUCUUUAAAGUUCUAGUUGAGCAUGCUAUUAAAAAAAACAAAGAAGAGUGCGGCCAAGUGAAUAACGUCUAGGGCUUGACCACGGCAAAAUUUUUUAUCUAUUGUCAUUCCCAGACUUGAUUCUUUGACGCCGUUUUUUCGAUCGUAUGUUAUAAGUAGUUUGUAUAUAUAUAUAGAUACUUUGAUUUUGUAUACGAAGUAUAGGUAAUGUUCUUUGCUAAGUUUGUUUCUCAGUGGUUAGAAUUUCUUUUAAGUUAAUGACAUACAUUUACCACUUUAAUAAAAAUGUAAUCAUAUGUUGUCAUAACUGAAAUUUUAAAUUAGAUAUUAUAUGAUUAAUUAAAACUGUUUUGAAAUUAGGAUGUUGAAAUUAAAUAAUAUUAAGUUUAUUUAAUAUCUUCAAAAAAUUGAUCAAACGUACAAAUAAUGCACAUACAUAUUAUAUCAAAUAAAAUAAUAUCAGAAAUAUAGGUU